UAAAAUUGCAGAUAUUUGGUUAUGCAGUGUCGUAAUUUUUGGGUAUUUACAUAACAUUUCAUGAUUUAGUCAGUUUGUUUUGACAUUUUGUUUCACAAUUUUAAUUAUUCACUGGACACACCUGCUUCGAGCUGGCCACAUUUUCGCUGUCUCCGUUUCAGCAAGAGCCAUGUGGGUGCCGAACCUCCCGGUGACGGUGCUCAGCGCCGUCGCUGCUACCGCUGGCGCUGUCUGCAUUUUCAAAGACCGACACAGUGGACCCGCUUUCAAAAAAGAGGUGCGAGCAGAUAACAAGACGGUAAUCGUGACUGGCGCCAACACAGGCAUUGGAGAGGCUACUGUCUGGGACUUUGCCAGAAGAGGCGCUAAAGUAUUUAUGGCGUGUCGCGACUUGGAAAAGUGCGAGACGGCGCGACGCGAGAUCGUCCUAGAGACGGGGAACAAGUACGUGUACUGCCGGCCGUGCGACCUCGCCUCGCUCGCUUCUAUCGCUGAAUUCGUUAAAAGGUUCAAAGAAGAGGAGCCUCACCUACACGUCCUAGUGAACAAUGCAGGCGUCAUGGAACCGCCACAAGGCGUCACAGCAGACGGCUUCGAGACGCAGUUAGGCGUCAACCACCUCGGGCACUUUCUACUUACCAACCUAUUAUUGGACACGCUCAAGGCAUCAGCCCCCAGUCGAGUCAUAAUUCUAUCCAGCGGCGCACACUAUAAGGGUCAUAUUAAUAAAGAAGACCUCAAUUUCGCCAAGAAUUACGACGCAGCGGCCGCGUACAACCAGAGCAAGCUGGCGAACGUGCUGUUCGCCAGAGAACUGGCUAGGAAGACUUUAGACGCAAACAUAACCGUGAUAGCCGUAGACCCCGGCCUAAGCGACACAAACCUCUCGCGCCACCUAGCGGUGUCAAAGAGCGUCACCCGCUUCGUCAUCUACCCGCUGUUCUGGCCCGUCAUGAAGAGUCCCAAAAUGGCAGCUCAAGCAGUGAUGCACGCGGCUUUAGAUCCAGCCGUGGCUAAAACUGCGGAGGAAUAUUUUGUUGACAUGAAACCUACGGAGCCCUCAAAGGAAGCCCAGGACUUCGAGUUAGCAGCAUGGUUGUGGCGCGUUAGUGAGAAGUGGACGCGGCUGGCUGAAUAUCGCACGCAACUCGAGACUGCUGCCGCGUAGAAUUUAUAUCCAGCCCAAGGACAUUGUCUACAAACGGAACUUUACUUGGAUAAAACACCGAUUUUAUUAACCCUUUUCCAGGCCGCACCAAUCUACAAGGUUUUCCAAAAAAUCCAAAUAUAUUCCAGUUAAUCCAGCUUUGAUUAUUCAUUAGUUAGAACCAAUGAGGAUAUAAUAAGAUAGAGCGGUACUGUCAUAGUAAAUUUUGUAACCACUGUAAAUUCACUGCCAUCUAUCGACAUACUUUAAAACUAAAAAUGAAGAUUUAUAAAAAUACGUUAAUGUAUUUAAAUAUGGAUAAAUGUUUUUUUUAUUUGCAUUAAUUAUUUUUAUAUGAUUUUGACCCAUGUUCUUUCACUGGUAUGCGUUAAAAUUAUAAAUAACAAACGAAACAGUCAACGCCCUCUAUACGAGAGUAGGCCAAAACUAGUGGCGCCAUCUGAUCGAGAAUCAAAUUUUCGUGGAUUUUCGAGGCACGUUUUUCCUUAGACUGUAUCCAUCUAUUACGGAGUCAUAUCUAUCUUUGGUAAGAACACAAGUCACAUUUCCCGAAAGUCAAAUUUAAUUUGAACUUUAAUUCGGGUUGCUAAAGUUGAAAUUAUAUUGACGUGUAUGUGGUUGAUAAAUUGUACUGUGCCUGGAAAAUGGUUAAAGGCAUUUAUGGGUCUUAAAAGUUUGUUGUUCGAAAAUCUAACAAUCAGUUUUAGUGAUAUGUUAGUAAAUGUAGUGUUUUAAAACAUGUCGCUUUAUGUAU